AUGGAGGAGCGGAAAGGACGGAGGCCAGAGAGGGCAAGAGCUGAGGAUUAUACAGAGAAGCUUCAGUUGCUGCGUCGGGCGGACAUGGUUCACUACUUGGACGUGAGCGACGCGUGGGGCCUGGCGGUGUGUGAGUGCUGCUUGGACCACGCUGUGAGCCAGCGCACAAAGCACGCCCUCAUCAUGACCAGUCCCAAAGACUUCCGAUAUCACCUGCGAGAAACACAGCCUUUCUCCAUCCCCCUCGCUCCCAAGCGUCCGACCCGGGCAGUGUAUGAGUUCUCGCUGAAGGUUCCCGUGCCAGAGGCAGCAGCGCGGCUGGGAGUGCCGCCUCACAUGCACUUUCAACUCAAGUGUGACGUGGCCCCUUUGCUCUGUGCGGAAACGAUGAUUCUCGAGUGGAUGGCUGAGCCUCGUGUGGGUGUGCUCAUGGACCUGGGGAGGAUCCGAUCCUGCCUGCCUGACAUUCUAACGCAUGCAUCGACUUCCAUGGCCUAUCCACCCAUCGUGUCUGCGCUAGGGGCACGCAGGCAGAGGGAGAAGGACGUUCUUGCUUCCAUGCUGGUUCAGAUUCUCGGGGUGAAGGAAAGCAGGGAUUUGGAGGAAGGAUUCGGUGUUGCCAUGCAGAAUCUGCUGUCUGGCGGGCUGGAGAAGGCGCAUGCAGAGAGGUGGGGGGGAGCAGGCAAGGGAGUUGCGGGAGCAAGCAAGGGUAAACGGCAGAUGGAGAAUGAUGGGAACCCGGAAGGGUCAUGGGAAACCAUGGACGGUGGUGGUGGGGGUGGCAGGGAUGGGAAGGGUGGGAAGUGGAGGGAGCAUCUGAAGGGGCAUGUGUGGGAGAGGUAUGUGGAUGGCAUGGCUUGGAUUCUGGAGCAUGGAGGGGGGGAAGGGAGGGAGUUCAGGUGCAGCCACUGUAGUGGGGGGGACAGCAGCAGUGGUGCCAGCAGCAGCAGCAGCAGCAGCAGCAAUCUGGAAGGCACGGAAAUUCCCAAGGGCAUGCAUGUGAGUGGCAUAGGUGCGACUGACUUUGCUAUUUGCGUUGCUUCAGUGCUGUCCUCGCCACAGUACCGCUGGGAGACCAAUCUUUACCUCCAGGAUGGCAACACUGCGAGCAAGACAUGGGUGGAGGAUGCGGCUAUUGAGACGGCCAGGGAGAGACUGAGACGGAGGGCGCAGGGUGAAGGAGGGGCAGCAGGCAGAGGUGUGGGAACAACAGCAUCAGCAUCACCAUCGGCAGUGGCAGCGGCAUUUGCCAACCCAACUCCUGUCAACACCAACCCUGUCGUUGCCGUCUUCACGUAUCGUGCUGCCUGCGUUCUGCAGUGGGCCCGCACCUAUGGCUCUGAAGUCAUCCCCGCUAGUCAAUGCUGCAAGGACAGCCCCCAGGGGAAGCGAGUGGGCCAGCAGGGGAGCAUGGGGCAGGAGGAGAGAAGGUCAAACGCAGGAGGCAAGACUGGGGCCGUGAGGAGGGAGGGAGGAGACAAAGGGAGGGGCAAGCAGGAGGGAAGCAGAGGACGUGGGGAAGAAGAGAGAGUUCGAAAAUCGGGGUGUGACUUAGACGAGAGGCUGCUGCAGCAGCUGCUCACAAAGCUGCGGCCGCUAGUGCAGAGGAAAUACCCCAUCGUUCGCUGCACUGCCGAUGCUGAUUUCCUAUUGGAGUUUGCCGGGAAUCUGGUCAAGCCACCUGCAUGCGCUCAGUGCAAGCCCUGCCUUGCUGUCUACAGCCGUAGCAUCCCCUUCCUCACGCUCAUCGCCAACUACGCCUACCGACCUGCCUCCAUCAUUUUCAACCGCUUUGUAUCCCUCUUCCCGCCUCUCUCACCCGAAUUCGACCGGGUCGCUGCUCGUAUGGGCGUGCCGCCUUUCCCUGCCAGCGUGCCGGGCUUUCUAAGGUCGGCUCUGCUGCACAAUCAGGCAGAGCUGGAUCCCGUGCUCUUCCUCUUGGCCGUGGCUCCAAAAUGGGCUGCCCCCAUUCUGGGAAUCACCGACCGGAAGGACCUACACAAGCUGCGAGACGGAGAGGAAGUGGACGGGAGGGUGUGGGAGGAGGUGCAGAUGUGGUGGCUGGCGGUGGAGUUUGCAUGGCAGGGCAGCAUGAAGCUGGAGGCCGAGGCACUGAGUGACACGUGCCAGGGAAGAGAGGAGCGGGCCGCAAGGGAUGGAGUGCAGGGAGAGGAGGUUACGAGUGACAAGUGGCGCAAGCUGUGGAAAAGGGCUGCCAAACCCAGGUUCUGUGAAGACGUUGACAGUGAGAAAAGGCUUUCUGAAAUUAUCAGUGAAAGCAGCAAUCUCAGCGACAUCUUCGGAAGCAGCAGCUAUAGUCACGGAAAUGACAGUGACAAUGGGGGUCGACGGACGAAGGGGGAUGAUGGGAAGGGCAAGCAGGGGGAUGAGCCGGCUUAUUUGAAGCCAUGGCCAGGGGGAGUCAAUUUGCUGGCUUGUCUGCGAGAGAUGCUGCUGGGGGAGCCAUGCUACCGCCCUGCCUCCCCUACUGCCCCUUCCACCCCUGCUGCCUCUUCCGCACAUGUUUCCUCAUCCGCUUGUGCUGCUGCUGCUGCCCCUUUCUCCCAUGCUGCUCCAUCCUCCAGUGCCACACCGGACCACGCAAGUGCACCCAUUGCGGUUGCACGUGGCACUGGUCCUGCUGCUAGUGGUGGGGAGCGUGUGUGCGGUGCUGUGGGGUGUGGGACGGUGGGGGGUGGUGGCGGUGUGAGGCUGAAGAGCUGUGGCGGGUGUGGCAAGGUGGCGUAUUGCAGCAGAGAGUGCCAAAAGGCGCACUGGCCCUCCCACAAGCUCACAUGCCCCGGCAGGACCAGCGGCAAGAAGAGUGGGACGACCAGUGGCAAGGUGAGCGCAAGUGGCAAUGUGAGUGGCAAUGUGAGUGACAAUGUGAGUGGCAAUGUGAGUGGCAAUGUGAGUGACAAUGUGAGUGACAAUGUGAGUGGCAAUGUGAGUGGCAAUGUGAGUGACAAUGUGAGUGGCAAUGUGAGUGCCACAAUGUGA